AUGAACAUGGAAAAGAAAUUAUUUCAGGAGCAACAGACAAUUGCUUCUGCAGGCUUUAAAAUUAUCGAAACUAAUGAAGACGCAAUUACUGAAACUGAAGGAGUCAUUGGUUAUGCAGCACAAAAAGACAAAGAAAUAUAUUUAUUACACAUCUUUGAUUUAAUUGGAGACGAUAAUCAUCAUCUUUUGAUACUCAAGAGAACUAGGAAAGUUCCGAUGAAGUAG